GGGUCAGAGGCCGGCGGCAAGACCGUAGUGCAGCUAGAGGGGAAAUGGCCUAGUGACCUAUGACCCGACCUUCACCUCCUAAGGCUCUGGGAGGCGUUCCCAUUCAGCGAGGGCCUGGCUGUGGGUCCUGGGGGCUGGGCAGCAGGUGUCCAGAGCCGGGAGGCAGCUCCGCUCACGUGUGCUUUCCCCCCACCCCCCCCGCAGCGGACCCGGUGGUGCAGAUAGAGGGGAACCCCCACUGCUGCUACUUCAACUUCAGCCCCAAGAUCAUGUUCACCAAGGUGGUGAAGGCCCAGCUGUGGGUGUACCUGCGGCCCGUGCAGCACACCUCCACCGUCUACUUGCAGAUCCUGCGCCUCAAGCCCGUCACCGAGGAGGGCAGCCGCCACAUCCGCAUCCGCUCCCUCAAGAUCGACCUGCACUCCCGCCUCGGCCACUGGCAGAGCAUCGACUUCAAGCACGUGCUGCAGAACUGGUUCAAGCAGCCGCAGAACAACUGGGGCAUCGAGAUCAACGCCUUCGACCCCAACGGCAACGACCUGGCCGUCACCUCCCUCGGGCCCGGAGCAGAAGGGCUGGUAGGUAAACACGCAGGGGUGGGAACCGGGCCCCAGCCCCCUCGCAGGGCCCUGCCUGCCUUGGUAUGGGGGACUGGGUCAGCGCUGAGCCCAAUGUCCCAGUGCAGG